CCGAGAAUUUGUUCUUGCCUUGCCGACUCCAUACUCCUCCUCUCUUGCCUUCUUAAUCAAUUAGACCAAUUUCAUCAUUCGCAUCAUUUGGAUCACCCCCACCAUCACCCGUUACCACUCUACCACCAUUUUUAAAACGUUGCCCGAACACGAUUUCUUACUCUAGCCUGCCGUUCCUGACGUACGUACCUGGCUUGCUAGACUACCUUUCCAAAAGGGAUAAAUUGAAUCGAUCGCCAAGGCCCGACUAAACCUUCCUCUUACUCGACAUCAAACCCGCCCACCUCAUUAGUUACCUACUGGUACUACUGAUCCCUACAACAACUCCGUCGAUCGACUGCAACAUCAUCACUGCCGUAGUAGCUGCCCCGUUACAGAAUUCGCUCGGACGUGGAGAUAUAUCAGUCACCCUUGAGCAUUGUCACGGUCGGCGUUUGACUUGUUUUUUUCUCUCCAUCUUCUCCGGAAUACAUAUUGCCUUCUAUUUCUUGUCAAUCCCUCGUUUACACCUACUUCGCGUCCAAUUUUUUCCGUCCCUACGGUAGAUCACAUAUCCAAAUCUAAGAAAAUCAAACGAUCCAUCAUGAAGGGAUUAUCAGCUAUCCUGUGCGUCUCCGUCUUGGCCGUCUUGGCUCCUGCAGCUCCGGUCGCCACGCCCGUCAACCUUCCGAACCAAGCACACGAUAUAUCGGCACAUGCACGACAACAAGCACAACCAACUACCGCCUCACCCAAGACCAAACUCUUCCUACUCUCUUUUCUUUCCCCGUCGCGAGUCUCAACCGAGAAGCACCCCAACGUUUUCGUCGCAGACGAUGGCCGACGCAUCCAGAUGCCGGACAAUCUUGCCGGAGCCAAGUCUUGGGAAACACCUAACGUUCUCCGCUUCUUGAACUCGUUAACGCGCCCCAAGAAGUUACUACCGUUCCCCGAGUCAAGCAUCAUGAGGGAGGAGACUCGCGCGAACAUGGCGGAGACCGAACCGCAAGAAACCAUUGUGGAGUUGGAGACCAAGGCAGAACGCGAGUCAUGGGCCUAUCUUCCCUACAUGUCUCAGGACAAUGUAUUGCAUUUCCGUUGUGUGCGCAAAGCCGCAGAUACAGUGAUGCUCGCCAUUCCACUGGCCCUCUCCGCUAUUCUUCUCAUAACGGUUCUUUGGAGUGUAAUCCGAUUUACUUUCUGUGCUUCCAGUUCUAUUAGAAAAGGAGCCAUAUGCUUACAAGAUGAAGAAAUCGCCAUUUCCACCCAUUCACGAGCUGUAUACCAACCGUAUGUCCUCAGACCUUCUCCGAGCGUGGAUUCGAGCCAAAGCACUGUCAAUGAGAAAAGCCAAGAAAUAUGAGGACCAGGGGUUGAAGCAUUAUUUCUUUUGUUAUGAUACCACGAGAGGGCUUGGCGUUCGGUCUUGGCGUUUAGGAAUAUGCCCUGGAUGACGAUCUGGGGCAUGAAAAUGUGUUUCACUGAGGAAAGAGAAUGGUGUUAUCGUUACGACAUGC